AGAUUUUUUUCCUCUCAUGUGUUUUCUUCCAAAAUGAUAACAUUUACUCUUCUAACAAUUUUGGCAUUUUUAUUAAAUUUAUUAAGUAAUGUGAGUUAUUGCUACGCAAAAGAAAAUCCCUGUCUUACGGUAUCACUGCUAAACUCUGGAUAUCAUAGAGAAUUGCUGUAUCAAUUAGACUUCGGGGGGAGAUUUAAAAAAUCUACUCAAUGUGAUAUUGUCAUUGUUCAAACUCUUCAUCAAGGGGUGUACGUGAGGGGUGAUCAAUUGGCAGAAAUAAAAAGGCAUCAUUUGAAAAAUUCCUACAUUCCUGUUCAUGUGGACAUUGAGGCCCCAGCUGAAAUAUCAUCAUCAUUCACUCUCUAUUUGUACACAAAGAGUUAUGAUAAAGCUGUCAUUCGACUACCAAUUCAUUUCCGCUACCACUACCCGAGUUCUCUAACGAGCUUCGCCAACGUUCCAAUGUAUGAGCCCUCAAUUUAUACGAGUUGCCCUGGCAGGAACUACGAAGGGGAAGCAAGUCAAUCAUACUACUUUCCCUGCAGCAAUGCUACACAAGUGAUUGAUUACGACCAAGAAGAACUGAGUGGAGUGUCCGUUUGCACGUGGUUCGAUCUCAAAUGUAAAGUAUUUUCCAGGGGGGUAGCAACGGUGUCUGUUCCCCUGGGGAAUCUCAACAUGAACAUUGUUGUCGUAGUUAUCACAACGGCAACCGUUUGGAGUGCUUGUGGAUACAUUAUCUUUGCAAUUGCUAGAAAAACCAAAAAUUGAAAGAAAAAUAAAAAAAAUCCAUUAAUUAA